GCGGUGCUCCGGUCGCUCCCAAACAUGGCCUCCAUGACGGAACGACCGCUUCAACUUUAAUUUUUCGCCAAUUUUCAGAGCAAAAACCGUGUUUUUUCCUUCCACGGUCAGCGGGAAUGUUUGGAGGGAGACCCGUAUCAUGUCAGACUUAUGAAGCAGAUGUUAUCUGUUGGAGAAGUUCCCUGUUGGAUUUAAACACAUCGGUUUAAGUUGGCUGGAAAGCUGGAGAGGAAAAAGAGAAUUGCAUCAAAUCAAAUGCCAUCUGAGGCUCAGUCCCAGGAGCCUCGGGACAGAGGACCGCCCCCUCCCGUUACUCGGGCUGGACGCAGCGCUCAGCUUGCCAAAGCCGCUGCCACAAGCCCCACCCCAGAGAGGCGGUCUCGUGGACGACCUCGGAGAGAUGGAGGCGCUCCGCCUCCUCCACCACCUCCUCCUCCUCCAAAACCAAGGAAGAAGGGGCGGAGCCGAGGACGAGCCCAGGUAGAGGAUGAGGAGAGUAUGGAUGCCACAGAGAAGAACCCACCAGAGAAAACAGAGGUAAAGGAGAAGUCAACAGGAUGGCGCCGGUCCACACCCAGGAGGAAAUCCAACACAAACUCAGAGCCGGACCCUGAACACAGCCAAGACCAGCUCAGUCCAGACCCAGACCCAGACCCAGAUCCAGACCCUGACCCUGAUCCCACAGUCCCAGAGCCCAGUCCAGAACCAGCUCCCAGUGUAGAGGAGGAGGAGCUGGGUGGGCCUGGUCCCGAUCCCGGUCCCCACCCAGCUCCUCCUGCUGACCCGCCCCCACCUGCCAACCCCCAGCCCCCUUCACCAUCCCCUGAUCCAGACCCAGAUCCUGAGGAGGAGGAGGAAGAGGAGGAGGACCAGCCCACCCCCAUGGAGGUGGACUGUACUGUUCCCAUGGAGAUGGAGGAAGUGGGUGUUUUCAGCCCCAUGGAGACAAGCCCCGCCCUCAGUCCCUGCUCCAGUCCUCCAGCGUCACCCUGUCCCCGUCUGGAAGAUGAGGACUCACUGUCCCCCCUGUUCCGGCGCUCGCUGUCUGAAGAGUCCGGCAGCUCGCCAACGCCAAGUCUGGGACACACCAAAAAACGUCUAAAGCAGUGUGCCUUCUGUUACCGUGGCGAUGAACCCCCUCUGGGUCAGGGUCACCUGGUGGUCUUCGGCCCCACGCCGGGCUACAUCCCCCUCCACAUCCUCAACCGUCGCGCCUCCUCUGACCGGGACAAUGACUGCCAUGACCACUGCUACCGCGGCGACCAGGCCCCGCCCAUGUGUAGCAGUCCAGAACAGAGCGAGGCUGAGUCUUCCUCAGAGUUUGUGGAGCAGCUCGGACCCAUCGGCCUUCCAUGUGACAUCAAUGUCCAAUCACUGUUUGAUCCCACAGGUCAGUGCUGUGCUCACCUGCAGUGUGCCGCAUGGUCAGAGGGGGUGUGUCGAGGCGAGGGCCAAUCACUGCUCUACGUGGAUAAAGCCAUCGACUCAGGAAGCACACAGGUGUGCGUGUUCUGCCGUCGGCUCGGAGCGUCGCUGCGUUGCCGAGAGACAGGCUGUGGGCGGAGCUAUCACUUUCCCUGUGCUGCUGCCGCCGGAGCUCAUCAGGACUGGAAUGAAAGACGCACGAUGUGUACAAGACACGCACACAUGGUCUCUUCACAGUGCGUGUCGUGCUCCGGCGGACCUGAAGGUGGCAGCCUGUUGAUGUGCUGUUGCUGUGGUAACCAUUUCCAUGGCAGCUGCCUCGACCCCCCUGUGGCCCCCUCCCCUUUGUGUCGGGCUGGGUGGGAGUGUCCUCAGUGUCAAGUGUGUCAAAGCUGCAGGUUACGAGGAGACGAGAGUGUGUUGCUAGUGUGUGAGCGCUGUGAUAAAGCCUAUCACACCAAAUGCCUCAGUCCGCCAGUGGAAGACACGCCCACCAGCAGCUGGCACUGCAGGAACUGCAGAGUUUGUCGAUGCUGUGGUGUGAGGUCAUCAGGCCAGUGGGCCAAUCAUCCGUUUUUGUGUGAAUCAUGUGACCCAGGCCUGCCCUGCUCUCUGUGUGGCCACGCCCCUGACCUCUACUCACCACAGGACUAUUUGACCUGUACCUGCUGCUAUAGAUGUGUCCACACAGAGUGCAUUGUUCAGACUGGGGAGGGCCGGACAUUGUCUGAAGGUUACAUCUGCUCCACCUGCAGGCCUCAGGAGGAGGAGCUAAGCCCAAACACUCCAGUUCCACAUAGUCCAUCAGUAACAGAGUCCCUCAGUCCCUCAAAGGCACUGUCAGUCUGCCUUUCACAGCCAUCAGGUCCAAGUCACACAGAAGAUCCACCCAUCAGUCCUACUGCUCAUACCCCAGUCCACCUCACCUGUGCAGAGCUCCCACACAGUUCUUCGGAAACUAUCAGUACAACGUUACACCACAGCCCUUCUGCAUCUCCAACCCGUCCUACAGACUUCCAGCACAGUCCUGCACCAUCCCACCAUGAUCUAACCGAACAGCAGCAGAGUCUAGCACCUUCCCACCCUGAUCCCACAGAACGACAAGAAAGCCUAGCACCUUCCUACCCUGAUCCUACAGAACCUCCACAAAGUCCAACACCUUCCCACCCUGAACCCACACAAGUAAAGGAAAGCCUACUACCUUCCCAUCCUGAUCCCACAGAACCUCCACAAAAUCCAACAUCUUCCCACCCUGAUCCCACACAAGGAAAGGAAAGCCUAGCACCUUCCCACCCUGAUCCCACAGAACUACAAGAAAGCCUAGUACCUUCCUACCCUGAUCUUGCAGAACCUCCGCAAAGUCCAGCACCUUCCCAUCCUGAUCUCACAGAACGACAAGAAAGUCCAGCACCUUCAUACCCUGAUCUCGCAGAACAAGAAAGCCUAGCACUUUCCCAUCCUGAUCCUGCAGAACCCCCAAACAGUCCAGCACCUUCCCAUCCUUAUCCCACAGAAGGACAAGAAAGUCCAGCACCUUCCCACCCUGAUCCCACAGAACGACAAGAAAGCCCAGCACCUUCCCACCCUGAUCCCACAGAAGGACAAGAAAGUCCAGCACCUUCUCACCCUGAUCCCACAGAACGACAAGAAAGCCCAGCACCUUCUCACCCUGAUCCCACAGAACGACAAGAAAGCCCAGCACCUUCCCACCCUGAUCUCACAGAACAACAAGAAAGCCCAGCACCUUCCCACCCUGAUCCCACAGAAGGACAAGAAAGCCCAGCACCUUCCCACCCUGAUCCCACAGAAAGACAAGAAAGCCCAGCACCUUCCCACCCUGAUCCCACAGAAGGACAAGAAAGUCCAGCACCUUCCCACCCUGAUCCCACAGAACGACAAGAAAGCCCAGCACCUUCCCACCCUGAUCCCACAGAACGACAAGAAAGUCCAGCACCUUCCCACCCUGAUCCCACAGAACGACAAGAAAGUCCAGCACCUUCCCACCCUGAUCCCACAGAACGACAAGAAAGUCCAGCGCCUUUCCACCCUGAUCCCACAGAACAACAACAAAGUCCAGCACCUUCCCACCCUCAUCCCACAGAACGACAACAAAGUCCAGCACCUUCCCACCCUCAUCCCACAGAACAACAAAGUCCAUUACCUUCUCACAUUGAUCCUGCAGAACCACGACCACACAGUCCACCAUCUUCCCACCCUGAUUCCACAAAACAACAACAAAGUCCAGCAUCUCUCCACCUUGAUCCCCUAGAACACCAGUGUCCUGCCCCUUCUCACCCUAAUCCUGCAGAACUUCCACAAAGUCCAGUACUUUCCCAUUCUGAUCCUGCAGAACUUCAGCAAAGUUUUUCACCAUACCACCCAGAUCCCACAGAACAGGAACAAACUCCAGUACCUUCCCGCAGUUAUUCUGCAGAACUUCAUCCAAGACCCCACCCUGAUCCUAUAGAACCGGAGCAGAUUCCUACACCAUCCAGUCCUGUUGCUGUGGGACUUCAAAGUAGUCCUGCUCCAUCUCAGCUUGAUAUCAUGGAACGGCGACCAAGUCCUACAUCACCCCACACCGAUGAUGCAGAGCCUCACCAAAGUCCUGUACCAUCCCACCCAGCUAUUGCAGAGCUUCAACAAAGCCCUACACCCUCCUACCCAGAUCCUGCAGAGGUUUGUGAAAGUCCUGCACCAUCUCACCCAGAUCCUGCAGAGCUCCAGCCAAGUCCUGCACCACCACAUGCUGAACCCUCAGAAAAUCUACAAAGUCCCGCACCAUCCCACCCUGAACCCUCAGAAAAUCUACAAAGUCCUGCACCAUCCCACCCUGAACCCUCAGAAAAUCUACGAAGUCCUGCACCAUCUCUUCCUGAAUCAGCUGAACAUCUGCAAAAUCCUGGAUCAUCCCAUCCUGAAUCUGCAGAAAAGCUACAAAGUCUAGCACUGUCUCACUCUGGCGUCAAGUUAUUCCAUGAAGAACUUAGACCUUCUGGCCUGGGUUCAACAGAAUCAACUCAUUCUCCAUCUCACCUUGACCUUGCCCAGUCCAAACAACACUCUGUCCCAUCUCGCCCUUCACAAAGACAGCUGCAGGAGACAUUUAAUCUUGAUCCCUCAGAACAGAAAAGCCAUACUGCAUCUUACCACAGUCCUGCAGAACUUCAGGAAAAUAACACCCAGUCUCACAGUGCUAAAAGAGAACUACAACAAAGCCUUACACCAUCUAGUCCUGCUGACCCGCUCAAAAGCCAAGCACAUGAGAUUUCCAUGCAGGAUCAGCAUAGUCCUCGUAUUGAGGAACAACUGAGCCCUGUUCAAUCUGACCACAGCAUUAUCCUCACCUUAAAUUCUGCUGAUGAUAAGGAGACUCCAGUGCAAGGUAGUCCUGUGUCACAUAGUGGUCAUUCUCCACACAGCCCUCCACCAAGCAGUCAAACCCAAGCGACGUUUCAUCGUCCUCCAGUUCACCCAAAUUCUGCACAGUCCAGCCCUCCAUACCACAGUCCUGCACAGGAUAGCAGUCCACAGUUGCAUCAGCCACCCAGUUCUCUGAACCAUGCAACAUCGAGUCCUGCUCAAGUUGGCACAUCACUUCUACAGAGUUCAAGACAGGACGGUGAAUCUACACUGGACCAGGAGAGCCCUGAAUCACACAGCCCUGAUCAGCAGGACAUUUCUACACUGGACCAGGACAUCUCCACACUCUCUUAUAGGGUUACACAGAUCCCAUUUAGCCAUGCCCCACAGAGAUCCAUUUCAGCGCCAUGUAGCCCCUCCUCACACCCUGUCAGACCUGUACAUUGUAGUCUAUCACAACCAGCUAGCCCAAUCCAGGGUGUCUCUUCAGACCCUGUCAGGCUUUUGCAGCAUAGCAUACCUCCGUUUCAGAAAAAUAGGAAUAAGGAAUGCGCCCAAAGCCAUUCCAAGGAGGCCAUGGAGUCUCAGCUGAUGCAGAUGAGUCCUGACCUUGAAGGCCAAACACUGGAAAGUAGCUCCACCUCAGACCUGUCCACAACGCCUCUUUCUAGCCUCAACGUAGAUAGCCAACUCUCAAACCAGCUUCAUCUUGUUCAAAGUAGCACAGGUAGCCUGUAUUGCUCUAGUCCCGUUCAUAAACCUGCCACGCCCACACCAGAAAGCCUUGUUCACAUUAGCACUUCGGCGGACCACAGUAGCCUAACGUUAUCACUUUGUGCUGAUAAAAUGGAGGAAGAUCCUCCACCUGCUAGCCCACUUCAUGAGAGUGCUUCGAAAGACAGCCCAUCAUACUGUGGAGAUGCUAGUCCCAAAUGCAUCAUUGCAAGCUCAGGCAGUACUAGUCCCUUACAUGUCAGUGAAAUGUAUGAUAGCCAAUUGAAGAGUAGUCCUGUGCCUGUUGAAACAGGCCCCACCUACUCCUUCACUCCUCACCAUGACGAAGCUGUUGACCACUUAACCCCACAAACGGGUCCCAAUCAUCUUCACUCUAUUGCUGUUGGUCCAGUCACUUAUUCUAGUCCAGUUCACAUAGAAACUAGCAAUGACUGCAGUCCAGCUGACCCUGUAAAGGAGAGUUCUUCUAUCAUUUGUAGUCUUUCAGAGCAAACACAAAUCCUCACAGGAACAAGUCUCAAACAUCUACAUCUGUCUAACCCCCUAUAUGAUCAAACUCCUUGCAGUCCAGUACAGAUGAGUCCCUUGCAAACUCCAGCUACCUUUAGUCCUCCACACUGUAAGGCAACUGAUAUAAGCCCAACUAGCAGUUCUGUUAGCCACAGUCUGAGCUGUGGUACCUCAGACCUCCACAGUCCACCUAGGUCUAGUCCUGCUGGUCAUGCUAGUCCUGUUUACAUGCAAAGCACCUCUAGUUGUGCCCUCUCAGGCCCAAUCCAAAGACCAAGUCUCUCAGAUAGUCCUGCACAAGCUUCUGUUGGUUAUAUCAGUCCACAUCGUAGCCCAACUCAGGCCAGUCCUGAUCCAGCUCCUGACACCAUAACCAUUGUGGGCCUUACUAAUGUGAGUCCUCUUGAGAACACAGUGGCCAGUUCCAUAAUCCAGAUCUCUGUGCUUCCCAUUGCAGCUCAGGUCCAUUCUGGUCUUGAUAAACAUUUAGAAAGAGCUGAUCAAACCAGUCCAAUGUCUGCCACCUCCCUACCUGUUGACUUGACUUCUUUUAACCCCAGCCAACCCAGUCAGUGCCCGGAUAGACCUGUGAGUCCUCACUCUGUCCCAGACAGGUCUGCUGUUGAAGUCCAUCAGAGCACUGAUGCCAUAAGUCUCAUACAUCAAAAAACCACUACCCCAGAUCAGGCCUCCAUACAGGCUAGUCCCCCGCGGUCUAGUCCCCCGCAGUCUAGUCCCCCGCAGUCUGGUCCCCCGCAGUCUAGUACCCCGCAGUCUAGUCCCUUGCAGGCUAGUCCUGUGCGGACUAGUCCCCCGCAGGCUAGUCCCUUGCAGGGUAAUCCCUUGCAGGCUAGUCCCGUGCAGGCUAGUCUCUCGCAGGCUAGUCCCUUGCAGGCUAGUCCCUUGCAGGCUAGUCUCUCGCAGGCUAGUCCCUCGCAGGCUAGUCUCACACAUGCUAGUCCCAUAUAUGUUAGUUCCGUACACACCACUCCCUCACACGCUAGUCCCACUCAGGAUAACACUGCAAUACCUAGCACUAGCCACAACAGUGAAACCCCACUUAGUCCCAUAUCCACCCUCCCCUUCCAGGCUAGCUCUGCGCCAAGUAGCUCAAUUGGUAGUCCUGUUUGUACCCCUUUAAAAUCACCGUGUCCUAAUCAUAUCGGUCCUGAGCAGCAAGAGGAAAUUUCCUGCCCUGAUCCUUCCAGCUGUUUGAGGUUGGAGGCUAGUCCUGGUCCUGUGUGUCCGUUGCACUAUGAUACGAGGCCUGUUCAUGAUUUCACUGGUCCAGAAACCAGCCCUAGUGACGUACCGCCUGAUACCACCUCUAGUCCUGAGAGACACCAGGAAAUCUCAGAGACAAAGAUGGAGUGUGCAGCCUCUGUAGGCAUGGCUGUAGCUGAGGAGAAUGAGGAGAUGAAGAGGAAUCCUGAGGAGGAUAUGGAGAUGGAGGACCUGAAAUCAGAGGAGAAGCCUGAUGAGAGGACGGAACAAGGAGAAGUAGAAGACCAGGAGAACCAGGAGGAUCUGAGCAGCUCAAGGUGUCUUCCUUCAGAAGUGCAGCUGACCUCUGAUCUCCCUGAAGACCACCAGUCCCCUCCUCCUCGCUCUCCCCUCCUCCCCACACCAUACUCUGCCUUAGCCUCUUCCCCCUCUCCUCCUGGAGCUGGCUCUAAGGAGGCCUCCCCCUGCUCCCCACCUUCCUGUAAGGACCAGAACCAAUCACAGAGCCUGUUUGAACACACCAAAGAUAAGCACCAAUCACAAGCUGAGCCUUCGGGGAAGGAGGAAGAGCCAAUACAGGAGAAGGAGGGGGAGGGGGCUGAGCAGGAGGACCAAUCAGAUGUAGAGGAGGAGGAGGAAGAGGAGGAUGAGGAGGAGGACCCGGUGAGCCCAGUCUUGGACCUGGACCACUCUCUGGACAUGGAGGUGAUGGAGUUGAUGGCGACUCACCUGUCCUCCCCAAGCCCACCUCCCCUUCCCCGCCGAGGGAAGGGGCGGAGUCUCAGGCCUCCCCCCUGCUCCUCCAGGCCAUCAGAUGACCUGUCGAUCAGGCUCCGACAGUCCCCCUUCUCCACCGAGGCAUCUCCUGAGACCUCCCCCAACAGGGCUCCCAUCACCCCCCCUCCACUGUCGCCGCUGACUCCUCCCCUUAGGGCCUCCCCUGUUGUCCGGGAGUCUCCACCCCUCAAGCCCCAACCUCCUCCCACUACAGUGAUCCCCCUGACUCCUAAAAUAGGGAUGGGGAAACCGGCCAUCACCAAGCGGAAAUUCUCCCCUGGCAGAGCCAGGGUGAAGCAGGGUUCGUGGUGGAGUCACCGCAGGGCCGUCAGCCCCCUCUCAUCCUCCCAGGAUUCCACUGGGGAGGGAGGGUGGGACAGCCCUAAGCCCCGCCCCCCGGACUCCCCCCUCUGGAGCAUGAAAGUGGGUCGCAGUUCAGGUUUCCCAGGCAGGAGGCGGUCCCGAGGAGGCGGUGUGGGCGGAGGAAGAGGAGGUCGAGGAAGGAGUCGGCUAAAGACUCAAGACAGCCUGGCAGUGUCUCCUGUAAUGGGUGGCUUUGUGGAGUCGUUUCAAAUGAAGGAGGACGAGGAGAACUCCAUGCACAACACAGUGGUGAUGUUCUCCACGUCAGACCACUUCACCCUCAAACAGGACAUGUGCGUGGUGUGCGGUAGUUUUGGUCAGGGAGCUGAAGGCCGACUCUUGGCGUGUUCCCAGUGUGGACAGUGUUACCAUCCUUACUGUGUCAACGUCAAGAUCACACGGGUCGUCUUGACCAAAGGGUGGCGCUGUUUGGAGUGUACAGUGUGCGAGGCGUGUGGCGAGGCCAGUGACCCUGGGCGAUUGUUGCUAUGUGAUGACUGUGACAUCAGUUACCACACUUACUGCCUGAAGCCGCCCCUCCACACAGUGCCCAAAGGAGCAUGGAAGUGCAAGUGGUGUGUGUGGUGUGUCCAGUGUGGCUCCACCUCCCCAGGUCUUCACUGUGAGUGGCAGAAUAACUACAGUCGCUGUGGACCGUGUUCCAGCCUGAGCCGCUGUCCACUGUGUCAGAGACAGUAUUCGCAGGACGACCUCAUACUGCAGUGUCAGCAGUGUGACAGGUGGGUUCACGCUGCAUGCCAGGGUCUGACCACAGAGGAUGAAGUGGAGUUGGCCGCAGAUGAAGGUUUCGACUGUUCGCUGUGUAAGACUCACGGCCGCAGCUCAUACGGGAGGGCGGACACUUUUGAUUCUCCAUACAUGGCCCAGAUCAUCUCCAGGACCAGAGAGCCCGACACUAAGACGUACACGCAGGACGGAGUGUGUCUCACAGAGUCGGGCCUGUCUCACCUCCAGUCUCUGGUUGAACCUUUGACCUCCCCUCGCAGGUAUCGCAGGUGUAAACCCAAACUGAAGCUGAGGAUCAUCAACCAGAACAGUGUGUCUGUGCUGCAGACCCCAGAACCUGAGCCCUCCACCGAGCAGGAGCACAGAGGUGACCUGGACUGUGACCUGAAAUCUGAUUCAAGCCCCGAACGAGACCACGCCCAUGAUGAUGACGUAACCAAGGAGCCUGAGGUUGCUGAUGGCAACAAGAAGAGAAAGAGGAAACCCUACAGGCCAGGUAUCGGGGGUUUCAUGGUCCGUCAGCGAGGAGGGAAGGCCGGAGGUCCAAGUCGCAUCAAACUGUGUCGGAAAGAUUCAACAGAGAUGCUGCCAGGCCGAGACGAAGGCCUGUUGGAUGCUGACGUUUCCAUGGAGACAGCGCCCUCUGCUGACCAGACGAUGGAGAAGGUAAAGAAGAGGUACAGGAAGAAGAAGACGAAGCUGGAGGAGACAUUCCCUUCGUACCUACAGGAGGCGUUCUUUGGUCGGAAUCUCCUGGACCAGAGCCGACAGGUGGACCGGAGAGCGGGUCCAGAGGUACCAAGCGUCAGCCAACCACAAGCAGCUACAGGGGAAAUGAAAGGCCCUGCCCCCGGAUUACAUCAUGGCCCCACCCCUCAGAAACACAGAGUACUGCCCAUGUCGGAGGAAGCUCUAGUGGAUCUGUCUGAUGUUCUCAACACUGACCCUCACAUACUGGCCACAGGACACACAGGUCAGUUCCAGGUAGAACGUUCUCCAUCUCCGUUUGCUGGUCUGGACAUCGGCUCCAUGGGCGACGCCUCAACGACCUCUGAGCCCACAGGAAGGGGUGGGCGUGGCCAGAGAGCACCACAGGAGGAGCCUCUGGAUGCCAUCCUGAGUCCUGAGCUGGACAAGAUGGUGUCGGAUGGUGCCAUCCUCAGCAAACUCUACAAAAUCCCAGAGCUGGAGGGUAAAGACGUGGAGGAGGUUUUCACUGCGGUUCUGAGUCCAAACAGCAGCAACAACCAGUCAGAACAGAGCCGACACACCGCUACAGGAAGCAAGACGCACACACAGUACACAGCCGGAGCCUUCCCUCGCCUCCCUCUGAUGAACGGCCUGAUGGGAGCCUCAUCUCACUUUCCAAAUGCUCCCAUGAUGCCCAGCGGUGCCCAGGCUGUUUCAGGUUUCAGGAUGCCUCCUCCCGCAGGCCCCGCCCCUGCUCCUCCCACUCUGCUACCUCCAGGUCCCGCCUCUGGGCCGACCGUAGCCAAUCAAGCACUGGCUGAGGGCGAGCAGGAUGUGAUGUCAACAGCUCAGAGGAGCACGUUGAAAUGGGAGAAGGAGGAGACGCUGGGGGAGCUGGCGACGGUCGCACCGGUCCUGUACUGCAAUACCAACUUCCCCCAGCUGAGGGAGCAGUACCCAGACUGGUCCACCAGGGUGAAGCAGAUCGCCAAACUGUGGAGGAAGGCCAGUUCCCAGGACAGGGCUCCAUUUGUGCAAAAAGCCAGAGAUAACCGGGCGGCCCAGCGCAUCAACAAGGUGCAGCUGUCUAACGACCCCCUCAAACGCCACCCCCCCACACAGCCGCCACCUGGGCCCUACGACCCCAUUUCCGUGGAGAACGAGGUGCCCUUCAAGGAUCCGCUGAGGCCCAAAGAGUCGGAGCAGGAGCAAGAGUGGAAGUUCAGACAGGGAGAGGUAAAUGACAGAUGGGGAGCCGGUAAGAAGAGGCAGGAAAAUCUAAAAUCACCAACAGAUAAAGAUUGUCCCUACCAGGCAUCUGUAGCAGGAGGUGGCAAAGAGGCUCUGCAAAUGCGUCAGAAGAGCAAACAGCUGGCAAAGAUCGAGGCCACGCAGAAGCUGGAGCAGGUGAAGAUCGAGCAGCUGCAGCAGCAGAGGCAGCAGCAGCUCAUGGCCUGUCAGCACCUCGCCACCGGCACCAUUUCCCCAGAAACCGGCAGCCGCAGCCCCAUGACGUCCACCCAACAGCCUGUAGCCGGGGGCAACGCCUCCCCCCUCCAGCCCCGCCUCCUUCUGCAGGGGGCACAUGGCUCGGGGUCGGACGACGUCUUCCUUCGCCCCCAGGCCCCGCCUCCUUCCGGUUACUCAUCACUGCCUCACUCCCCUCACCCCUCCUCCCCCCUCCACCAGCCUCCCUCCUCCCCCCAGAUGUUCUCCCCACCUUCCUCCCGACCCUCCUCCCCUUGGGACCCCUACAGUAAGGUGGUAGGAACUCCACGGGCCGCCUCCUCUCAGUCCACCGGAUCCCAGACCCCCCAGAAUCAGCAGCGUCGAAACUCCCUCAGUGCCUCCCCAGCCCACGAUGCACUGGGGUCGCCUGCACCGUCACCUGACUCUAAAGCAUCCGACGUCUCCAGGAGUCUGGGACCACAAACAGGUCUUCAGCAGAUCCGACCUGGGAUGCUGAGCCCUCCCUCUGGAUCUGGACCUGACCUUUCAGCCCGACUCGUCGGACUCAGAGCGGCCGAGCCCUACCAGAGGACUCCUGUAAAUAGUGGUGCAGGACGGCCUGGGGACCUGGUCCAGGGCGGGGUCUUCAAAGCCCCCAUGCCCCCGCAGCACCAGCUCCAGCAGGAGGCCUUCACAGGAGGACGGAGGGACAUGUCCAGACCCGCAGACCUGGGCCUGGACCUGUCCUUCCCCUCUAGCCCGCUGUCUGGCCUGGGCUCCCCCCACCGCAGCCCGUACGCCCAGACCCCCGGCACCCCUAGACCAGACUACAGCCAGCAGAUGCCCGACCCCUUCAGCCACCAGUCACCUUUGACCUCCCGGCCUUCCCCUGACCCCUAUGCCAACCCUCAGACUCCCGGUACGCCACGCCCACAUUCUGACCCGACUUACCUUCCCACCCCACCUGCGCUGCGACUGGACCAGUUCAGUCAGCAGUCCGCCAACCAAAGGCCGUCCCCCUCCCACCCAAACGUGGACCCGUACAGCUCUAGCCCCGGAACACCCCGUCCGGCUGCUACGGACCGCUUCCCUCGAUCCCCUGGGACACAGCCGGUUGGUACGCCGCGACCAUCACCUGACCCCUACACCCAGCAGCCCUCCACACCACGGCCCCAGAAGGCCCCCGAGCCCUUCAGCCAGACCCCAGGGGAAGGCUUCACCACUCAGCCUGCACGAUCCAGCUCAUCCCCCAGAGCUCCAGGGCUGACCGCAGAUAUGGCGGCCUUCACCACCCCCCACCAGUUGCAGCAGUCUCCAGUGCGACCACAGCAGCAGCAUCAGGACUUGUUUCCCAGAACCCCCAGCAGUCAGACCCCAAAGCACACUGGGAUGUCGGAGGACAGCGGCUUCACUGACUCUUUUGAGCAAAGUCACAUAAUAGCAGGCCCUCAGAUGGACAAGAUGACCACCAAUGAAAUGUCAGUGCUGGGUGUGGCCUCUUUAGAUGGACCCAUGAGUGUGCUGCCUCAGCUGGGAGACUCCGAGGAGAAACUCAGACAACGUCAGCGUCUGCGGCAGCUCAUCCUCCGGCAGCAGCAGCAGAAGAGCGCUCUACGGCAGGAGAAGGGUCUCCAGGAGGCGGCCUCCGGAUCUGGGCCCACCGUUUCCCCUGCUGCCGCCGGGCCCGGCUCAGCCACACCCCAUCAGUGGUCGACAGACGACUCUUCCUCAGCCUCUUCUGGUCCCCCUGCGGACCUGUUUGGACGCCCUCCACCACCGUAUCCUGGCACAGUGAGGCCGGGGGCUCCUUCUGGGGCCCCCAGGUUUCCUGCAGGGUUUCCAGGGGACCACCAGAAGAACUUCCCUCCGUCUGAGAGUGCUUUCCCCAGACAGAGUGUCCCCAGAGAGAUGGGAGUCCGAGGACCAGCCCUGAGGUUUGGUGUUCCUCCAGUAGCUCCCACAGGGCUCCCAGACUCCUUCCUCCGUCCUCCCCAGUGUUCGGUGCCUGGACCUGAGGGAGUCCCUGUCCAGAUCAGGAGGGCAAUGCCCACAGAGUUCACAGCAGUCCGACCUCUCCCUGGUCCCAGCGCUCAUCCACACAUGAUGCCAGGUGUCCCCCAGCCUUUCCUCCCUCGCUCGCUCCCCAUCCAGCAGCACAGCAUUAUGGGACAGCCUUACAUCGAGCUCCGACACAGAGUCCCAGAGAACCGGCUCCGGCUACCGUUCUCCCUCCCCGUCGCCCCGGACCCCGAGGUCCCGCUCCUGCACCCCAGAGAUCCCCAUCCUGCGGCGGGCCAGGCCGGUCCAGGGCAGCAGCAGAUGGCAGUGGAGCAGCUGAAUCCCCCUCAGGAUCAGCAGCACCUCGGGCAUGCGACAGCGCUGGCCCAGACCGUGGAGCCCGCGCUCCCAGGGGCUGAUGGGAUAGAAGAACAUCUGGAGGGGGAGGACUCUGCUGUGAAGGACCUAGAGGAUGUGGAGGUCAAAGAUCUAGUAGACCUCAAUCUGAACCUUGACCCUGAGGACGGUAAAGAGGACCUGGACCUUGGGCCCAAUGACCUGCAUCUGGAUGACUUCCUGUUGUCGGGGAAAUUCGAUCUGAUCGCCUACGCUGACCCGGAGCUCAACCUGGAGGACAAGAAGGAUAUGUUCAACGAAGAGCUGGACCUGGGGGAGACGGUGGACGACAAGGACGGGACUGAAAGGAGGGACGGCGGCAGGAAGACUGACAGCCACGCCCAUCCAGCAAGUCAGAUCAAACAGGAAGUGAAGGAGGGAGUGAAGAUGGAGGGCAGGGACGGGUCCAGCAGAGCCCCAGGAGCUGAGGCAGGAGGAUCUGCCCCCCCCUCCAAGGACAAGCUGGAGGACUCGGGUUCUGUGUCCGGGGCCCUCCCAGUGCUCCAGGACCAGGCUCUGCCCUCUGCUGUGGCUCCCAGAGUUCUGCCCCCCAUGGCCCCAGCAGGUCAGCAGCCAGCCUUCCAGCAGAGACCGUUUGGACCCCCCUCCAGUCUGGUCCCUCCUCACCCUCAGGGUCUCCCAGUGUCCCCCCACCCCGCUCUGACCUCUCAGGGGCCUGCCGCCCCACCUCGCCUCCUCCUGAAUCCCCAUACCCAGACUCCACACUUAGGACCCGCCUCUGCUCCAGUCCAGGUCCCGAACCAGAACCAGACCCAGGCAGUUUUCCUUCAGGACAAGUCCAGGCCUCUGCUCCUGGAGGAGCAGCCGCUGCUCCUGCAGGACCUCCUGGACCAGGAGCGUCAGGAGCAGCAGCAGCAGAAGCAGAUGCAGGCUCUGAUCCGACAAAGGUCCACCUCAGAACCCGUGUUGCCCAAUAUGGACUUUGACUCCAUCUCAGACCCCAUCAUGAAGGCCAAGAUGGUGGCGCUGAAGGGCAUCAAUAAGGUCAUGACCCAAGGCAACCUGGGGCUCAACCCCAUGGUCAUCAACAGGUUCCAGCAGGGUACGGGGGUCCCGAUGGGUCCAGUUCCAGAGGCCACACCUCACAUGGGGGGACAGGAUGAGAAGUUGAAAACUCAGAUGGUGCGUCCGAACCCUCCCAGCUUCGGAUCAGGCUUCGUCAAUGAGUCCCAGCGGCGUCAGUACGAGGAGUGGUUGGGAGAAACGCAGCAGCUCCUGCAGAUGCAGCAGCGCCUCCUGGAGGACCAGAUCACCGCUCACCGCAAAACCAAGAAGGCUCUGUCAGCCAAACAGAGGACAGCAAAGAAGGCCGGGCGGCCCUUCGCAGAGGAGGACGCCUCCCAGCUGCGCUUUAUCACCGAACAGCAGGGGGCGGUACAGAAACAGCUGGAGCAGAUCCGGAAGCAGCAGAAGGACCACGCCGAGCUCAUCGAGGACUACCGAACCAAACAGCAGCAGCAGCACAGAGCGCCCGCCCCUCCCAUCAUGCCUCCCAGGCCGCCCCUCCUCCCUCAGACCAUGCUGACCCAGCCCAUUGUCCCUAUGCAGCCCCAUCCGGGCGGCCCCGCCCCACGUGUGCCCGGCAUUCGUCCUGGUUGGACCCCGGGGGCUGGGGUUGGGGGGGUGAUGGGGCAGAGGAUGCCGGGUCAUCUGCCCCCUCAGAUCCCCCCCACGCUGCCUAAUACCCCCCAGGUUCCAACUCACACCCAGACCGGACCCUCAGCAGGCUUCACCCCCAGUCCCAGGGGUCCGACCGGAGGUCCCAACGGAGCAGCAGGGGACGGAGCUGCCCCCACCCCCCAGGUGAAGUUCGACGACAACAACCCGUUCAGCGAAGGAUUCCAGGAGAGAGAGAGGAGGGAGAGGCUGAGAGAGCAGCAGGAGAGGCAGAGGGUCCAGCUGAUGCAUGAGGUGGAGCGUCAUCGUGCUCUGCAGCAGAGGCUGGAGCUGGAGCAGCAGGCUCUCCUGGGGGCCCCCAUAGGACCGGGAGCCCGGGUAGCCCCCCCUUCAGGACCCGGGGUGGCAGCGGGUCUGAACCCGUCCGCUUCCAUUGGGGAGGGUCUGUCCCAGAUGCCCUUCUUCAGCUCAGAGCUGCCCCAGGACUUUCUCCAGUCCCCGCCGGCCUCCAGACCUCCACUGCAGCUCCAGGGCCAGCAGGGGGCCCCUAUCCCACCGCAGGGAGCCCCUCACCAGGGCUUCUCGGGAGGACCCCACCCGACCCCUGUCAACAUGCCUUCGUCCAGCCUCCAGACCAGACCGAAGCUCCUGGGCCCCACUGGCUCCUCUGUCCAGGGACAGGGAUGCCCGGCCGGGGUGUCAGCAGCAGGACUGACCCCCUCCCAUCCUCCAGGUCACAGAUUUGGACCAGACUCAGCCUCCUCCUCCCCCUCCCCCUCUACCCCUCUGCCCCCCUCAUUCCCCGGGGGUUCUGGAGGCCCCGCCUCCCUCAUCCAACUGUACUCCGACAUUAUCCCUGAUGACAAACCAAAGAAGAAGAGGUGCAGGAAGAAGGACGGAGAUGACGCAGGGGGAGGGGCCAGGACGCCACUGUCAUCACACUCUGAUGACAUCACAGCCCCGCCAACUCCCUCCAUUUCUGAUACUGCUUGUUCCACACCCACCCGGGGAGGCCCGGACCAAUCAGAUCUAUCAUUUCCUCAGAUCUCCACCCUCUCCGGUCUGGCACCAUCGUCAGAGCUGGAGAGGCAGCUGUCCGUCAGCGCUGCAACCCAGGAAAGAACCUCCAACCUGGGCAUGGAGUCCCAGAGAGCCCCCCCGUACGCUGCUCAUCUGGAGGUCAAGGAGGAGCGGGUGGAGGGCAGAGUCUGUGGAGAAGAUGUGGUGAAGAUGGAGGAGGGUGAGGGUUUCAGUUCUCCUCCUGGUGGAGGAGAUGGAGGGAAGGAGCUCCUCCGACACCUCCUGAAGGACAAGACCUCACCUGCCACCACACCGUCACCCACCAGACAGGCCCCGCCCACUGGACCGGCCCCGCCUGCCGCUCACCGACAGCUGUCCGUCGAGAGCACCCGGUCUGAGGAUGAAGACGGGCCUGGUUUCCAUGGCAACAUGGUGGGCAUGGACAGUCCAGGUCCAGACCUCAUGGACCCAUCUGUCAGGAAGAAGCCUCAGCGCUGUAAGAGACAGGCCCGGCCCGACAAAGAGAGGGCACCUCCCAAAUACAAGAGGAGGAAGAGGGAGGAGGAGGACAAGAUGCUGCAGUCGUCCAACAGCGCUUCCUCCUCCUCCACUGACCCUCUGACUCACCUGCGACAGCUGUCGGUCCUGCCCCUCAUGGAGCCAGUUCUGGGGGUGGAUCUGAGUCUGUUCCCCCCAUAUGGAAGCUCGUCUCUGGGCAGAGACUCCAGACUGAGUGGUUCCUUUGGAAACGCCUGUUUAGACGGAGUCACCGACUACUACUCACAACUCAUAUACAAGCAGAAUAACCUGAGUAACCCCCCCACCCCUCCGGCCUCGCUGCCCCCCACACCUCCACCUGUCGCCAGGCAGAAUUUGGUGAACGGCUUCGCUACGACAGAGGAGUUGGCCAGAAAGGACAUCACCGAGCAGGAAGUGAAAGGUGUUUCGGGGCUGAAGCAAAAAGGGGAGGAGCUGUUGGCUCUAAACCAUGCCUCCAGAACAGUAGAUGUCCCUGCCUCCCUGCCAACUCCACCCCACAACAACCAGGAGGAACUCAGGGUCCAGGACAUGUCGGACCGCAACAGUCCAGACGGUUUCAUCCCGUCGUCAUCUCCAGAGAGUGUGGCCGACGUGGAGGUCAGCAGGUACCCCGACCUGUCCUUCAUCAAGCUGGAGCCGCCGUCACCCUGCCCUUCGCCUACAAUACCCAUCAUGCCCUGUGCCAGGGGCAAAGGCUCUGCGGUUAAACAGGAAGUGAAGGCGGAGCCUAACCAUCAGGGCCCUCCCUCCUGCUCCAACACUGACCUUGUAACCAUAGCAAUAACGCUGAACCCUGUUGCAGCUCAGAACGUUCCGGGCGUCAUGGCUGCCGUGGCCCAGCUCCUGCGGCUCCCGGUCCCGGUCAACUACCAUCUGAACAGAGCCGGUGGUCCUGAACGCAGCUCUUUGGCUCUGCUGGCCGGGGUCCGAGUGCCACUGAUGCAGGCUUCAACAGGAAACAGAACAGUGAGACCUCCAGCCAACAACGGCAACGCCAUCAGACUGGACUACAGCCAACCUGCCGCCGCUCGGCCUGACUGCUGCAGCCACUGCAAGGUGCUGCUGGGAAACGGAGUCCGCAUCGUGAAGGAGCUCAAACAGGAGGGUCAGCCCAGACCAGGACCCAGCCUGGUGUUCUGUAGUCCCACCUGCUCAGCCCGACACAUGUCUGACCUGCAGAACUCAGCCCAAAAGGUUGGCCCCGCCCCCAUCCCACAGCUCCCCUCUAGCAAAGUGCAGCACCAGUAUGCCAACAAUAUGUCAUCCAUCGCUGUCCACACUCUCCCUCACAACACCCCUUCUGCUGGCCCCGCCCCCUCUCCUCCGCUGUCCUUCCCCCCGGCCUCUGCUAUCACCAUGGAGACCAAGCCCCGCGUGGACAGCCUCAAGGUGAAGGUGAAGUUAAAGCCCCGCCCACGAGCCGUUCCAGGUGGAGAUGACCCUCUUACAUCACGACAUGGGAAGAGGAUGAAGAGCUCCCGUUGGAGACGCUGGAGCAUUAGCAUAGCACUGAGCAGGGGCCCUUGCAUCCCCAAUGAGGCAGUUGCUAUGCCGACAGAGGAGGAGCUGAAGAACUUGGGGGCGUGUCUUCGUCCUGACCCGUUACCCAAAGAUCAGCGACGCUGCUGUUUCUGUCACCAACAGGGAGAUGGACUGACGGAUGGCCCUGCCCGCCUGCUGAACCUGGACCUGGACCUGUGGGUUCACUUGAACUGCGCUCUGUGGUCCAGCGAGGUGUACGAGACUCAGGCCGGCGCACUGAUCAAUGUGGAGCUGGCUCUGAGACGAGGCCUGACGCUGCGCUGCGCUCACUGCCAACAGACCGGCGCCACGAGCGGAUGCAACCGCCUGCGCUGCACCAACACCUACCACUUCACCUGCGCUCUGCAGGCACACUGCACCUUUUUCAAGGAUAAGACCAUGCUCUGUCAGCUCCAUAAGCCCAGGACGGGCCUUCUGAGCGGGGACAGGUCGUCCAGUGCCUCCCCCUCCUCCACCCCAGGGCCGACCCCUGACCCCAUAGUGGCGUUGACGUCCGACCCGUACGACUCGGAGCUGCGAUGUUUCUCCGUGUUCCGGCGGGUGUAUGUGCAGCGUGACGAGGCGCGGCAGAUCGCAGCCGUGGUGCAGCGCGGCGAGCGGCAGCACACCUUCAGGGUGGGCAGCCUGCUGUUCCGCGCCGUCGGCAGGCUCCUCCCACAUCAGCUCCACACCUUCCACAGUAAGACGGCCAUCUUCCCCGUCGGUUACCACGCCAACCGCAUCUACUGGAGCAUGCGCCACGGCAACAGACGUUGUAAGUAUAUGUGCUACAUCGAGGACAAGGACGGCGAGCCGCUGUUCAAAGUCAGGGUGGUGGAGAAAGGACACGAAGACCUGAUCCUGACUGGACCAACACCUAAAGCUGUUUGGGACCAGAUCCUGGAGCCGGUGUCUCAGAUCCGGUCCUCCAGUGGGACUCUGAAGCUGUUCCCGGUUUAUCUGAAGGGAGCCGAUCUGUUUGGACUGACCUCAUCUGCAGUGACCAGGAUCAUCGAAUCUUUGCCGGGGGUGGAGGCCUGUGAGCGCUACACCUUCCGUUACGGCAGGAACCCUCUGAUGGAGUGGCCUCUGGCCUUUAACCCGUCUGGUUCUGCUCGGUCUGAGCCCAAAGCCAGUCAGGCCAAAAGGCCCAACCUGCUGACCAGCAUCGCCCCCCGUUGCCAGGGCUCCGUCGGCUCCAUCGUCGGCCUCGUCCCCGGCGUCAUCUCUCUUUCCCCGGGUGAGACGGUGGCCGGAGCUCACCAGGGCCGCCACUCCAAGUCCUCCCAGUACCGCCGCAUGAAGGCGGAGUGGAAGAGCAACGUGUACCUGGCCCGCUCCGGAAUCCAGGGUCUGGGUCUGUACGCCGCCAGAGACAUUGAGAAGUGCACCAUGGUCAUCGAGUACAUCGGCACCAUCAUCAGGAGCGAAGUGGCCAAUCGGAAGGAGAGGCUGUACGAGUCACAGAAUCGGGGCGUGUACAUGUUUCGAAUCGACAAUGACUACGUGAUCGACGCCACCAUCACCGGAGGACCUGCCAGGUACAUCAACCACUCAUGUGCUCCGAACUGCAUCACAGAGGUGGUGACAGUGGAGAAGGAGAACAAGAUCAUCAUCAGCUCCUGCAGACGCAUCCAGAGAGGAGAAGAGCUGUGUUAUGACUAUAAGUUUGACCUGGAGGACGAUCAACACAAGAUCCCCUGUCACUGUGGAGCCGUCAACUGCCGCAAAUGGAUGAACUGAACACACACAUACACAAAUACACAACUGAACACACAAAUACACACAACUGAACACACACAAAUACACAACUGAACACACAUUGUAACACAGGCAGCUCUCUCUCUCUCUCUCUCUCUCUCUCUGUUUCUCUCUCUCUCUCUCUCUCUCGCUUUAACUUCAUAUCAGAAUUUAACAAUGAUAAACAGAUUUCUAAAGGAGGGGGCGGGGUUAUAUGUGGUUGGUUGGGUGAGUGAUCGACAGGUGAGGGGCAGGCUUUGUGAAGAGGCUGGUCCUCUGCGUGUAAAUUGCGUGUACAAACGAGCACAGAUGUAAAUGUGAGUGGAAACACCACUGAAACAGCAGAAUGUCGUCUUCGUCAUUGUUCUCGGGUUAAACUUGCACUAAAAACAGAAAAAACACAAAAACUCAAUAAAUUUCCAGACAAGCGU